AUGUUGAAUUUUUAUACUGGGAUUACCACGCCUGCUUUAUUUGAAUGGUUUCUGUCGUUAUUUGUUAGAAAAGUGAGAUAUUUUAGCGAAAAACUUUCUCAUAAUGAUCAUUUGUUGCUGGAGCUUCUGAAGCUAAAACUAGGUCUAUUAAACAAAGAUUUAGCUUAUCGUUUUGGCUUGCGCGAGACAGUAGCUUCUCGAAUAUAUCGUAGAUGGAUCCCUAUCAUAUCUAGAGAGACAUGCCAUUUAAUAAUAUGGCCUGAUAGAGAAGCCUUGCGACGUCAUUUGCCAAACAGCUUAAAAAAAAAUUUUCAGAAUUGUACAUGCAUAAUUGACUGCACUGAAAUUUUUGCUGAACGACCAUAUAACCUAAAUGCACGUGCACAAACAUGGUCCAACUACAAAAAUACUUGCACAAUGAAAUAUCUUAUCGGAAUAACACCAGCUGGGGCUGUUAGCUUUUUGUCACGUGGUUAUGGUGGUCGAAUUUCUGAUAAGGAAAUAACAACACAAAGUGGAUUUCUUGAUAAGUUGCAGCAUGGCGAUUGUAUAUUGGCUGAUCGUGGUUUUACGAUAGCACAAGAUCUUGCUACUAGGGGUGCUUACUUGAAAAUACCUAAAUUUGCAUGUGGGAAAGCACAAAUGAGUGCAAGUGAUGUGGCGAUAUCCCGGAAAAUUUCCAAUGUUCGUAUACAUGUAGAACGUGUUAUUGGAAGACUUCGAAAGUUUCGUAUCCUGCAAUUAUUCCAAUAUCGCAAAUUGACUUAA